UAACAUAUGUAGUCAGAUCAAGUUAAAUCUGGAUAUUCAAUUAAAUAAUUUAAUAGUGAAGAUACUUUACGAAUUGGAGAAUGUAUCAAUCAUAAAAGAUAACUUGAAGCAUUUUGUACUGUUUGUCAUGUGUAUUAUUAAUAUUUAUCAUUAUAGAUUGAUUUGUCCAACUUGUCUGAUGUUUGGUGAACACAAAGGACAUUUAGUUGAUCAAAUGGAUAAAGCAACUAAAGAUAUUAGAACAUAAAUGGAUUCAGCUGCAAAAGAAGGAUUACUCAAAUUAGAAAAAACAGAAACUGUUCUUGUGGAUAUUAGACAUACUAAAUUAACAUUUGAAGAAUCAAAAUAAAAAGUACUUAAAGAAAUUGAAUCAACUUUUGCUACCAUUUUCAAAUUAAUCAAAUAAAGAAAAGAUGAAGUUGUUAAUUUAAUUAAUUAACAUUAUGAAACAUAAGUUAAUAACAUAGACACUUAAGAAUAAAUUUGGAUGGAUAAACAAUCAAGAGCUUAUGAUGUGAUUAAACUAGCUAAAUCUACAAAUGAUUAUUAAUUACUAGAGAAGGCUACCUAUAUUUUGGAAAGUAUCUCUUCAUUCUAAUCAUAAAAGGCUUAGAUAUUUUGAGAUAAACACCAACUUACAAAAAUGUAUUCAUUGUUAAUUCAAUUGAUACUACUUUUAAUACGAAUAAUAUAUCACUAAAUUUAUCUGAGUUCUAAAAAGGAUUGCAAAAUUGGAUUAAAUUAGGUGAAUCGGUUUUAAUACAAUUCAAGUGUUGA